AUGACUCCGCGCCAGCGCCAUCGGCCCUGGCGCUGUGGCUUGCUGGUGCUGGUGCUGCUUGUUGGCAGUGCCCAUGCUGGAUCACAAACAGGAAAUGGCACGGCCAACAUCCUCUUCAUCUUCACAGACGAUCAGGAUGAGGUCUUGGGCUCGCUCGACGCCAUGCCAAAGCUGGAUCGUCUUGUGCGUCAACAGGGCAUGCGCUUCUUCAACGCCUUUGCUAACACGCCCAUCUGUUGCCCCUCGCGCGCCGAAGUCACGACAGGGCGCUACAUGCACAACACAGGAGUAAUAGAUAACACCUGUGGAGGGACUGAUUUUCAGCGUGGACCCGAAAGAAUGAACAUGGCAGCUUUUCUACGCAACAACAGCCGUCACCAGUCCUACUACAGCGGCAAAUACCUCAACACCUACGGCGCGCCCAGCGUGGGUGGCGUGGCCCACAUCCCGGAUGGAUGGAAGGAGUGGCAUGCUUUGGUGGGCAAUAGCAAGUACUACGACUAUUCCGUCUCCGACAAUGGGCGCCAGCGCAACUUUGGGCAAGACUACGCAACGGACUACUACACGGAUGUGCUCAAGAAUGAAUCGGUGGCAUGGCUGACGCACAACUGGACCCAGGAUGACCCCUUCUUCAUGAUGGUCGCCACCCCGUGUCCUCAUUAUGCCAACUUGUUCCCCGAUAUGACGGCACCACGUACACCAAACUGGAACAAAGCGCCCGCGGCUAGUUCGGGACCUGGUGCCAAACACUGGCUCAUGCGCCAAUUUGGCCCAAUGGAGCCUCAGCACAUUAUCAACAGCGAUAGUACCUUUGUGGAUCGUUGGCGCUGCCUCCACUCAGAUCAUGGGCAACACCUGGGUCAGUUUGGCAUGGAGUUUGACAAGCGUCAGUUGUAUGAGACGGACAUUCGCGUACCGUUGGUGGUACGCGGGCCGGGUAUUCCCAAGAACAGUGGAACAGAAGCCCUGGCCCCACACAUUGACUUGGCCCCCACCAUCCUUGACAUGGCGGGUGUAACCAAGCCAGCUGUUAUGGAUGGACGCUCGUGGCUGCCCAUCGCGCGCAAUGCGACGCCUUCUGACUGGCGGCAGGACUUUUUGAUUGAAUAUGGCGGCCCCAGUAUCGACUCGUGGGAAAACCUUGAGGCCCCUCGAGGCGAAGGUGAUUGCGGCGCCAACUUCACCUGUGCUGGCGUGGAAUUGUGUGGAGGAGAGCAUGGCAGCACGCCAUGCGAUGCCGUCAACAAUACAUACAAGUGCUUGCGGACCAUCAAACCGGACGAGAAUUCCAUCUACUGUGAGUUUGACGAUGCGGAAAACAUGGUGGAGUGGUAUGAUAUUACCGCAGACCCGUGGGAAAUGAACAACUUGCAUGAGUCUGGCGAUGCAAGCAAGAAACAGCAACUGCAUGAGCGCCUCCGAGCCUUUCGCGAGUGCAGUGGUGACGAAUGCUUCAAUCCUUCUGGCAAGGUAGUUGCGUGA